CGUCCCGUUACUUCCGGGUUGUGGAGAAGGAGGUUGUGUGAUGGCAUGACAGCAGUGUGAAAAGAGAAAAUCCAGUUUAUUCGGUGAUGGGGGCAGACAGUGAUCCGGGAGCUCCGGCGGCAGUCCCAUGGCGCAAAGUGUUGUAUGAGCGACAGCCUUUCCCGGACAAUUACGUGGACAGCCGUUUCCUGGAAGAGCUACGACGCAACAUCCGGGUCCGUCAGUACCGUUACUGGGCUGUGGUUCGAGAGGCUGGGCUGAUCGCACAGCAGGUGUCAUGCGUGGCAAUCUUUCUCACAUUAUGGUCUUAUAUGGAACAGGGAGACCUUGUGCCAUCCACAGUGUUGUGGGUCAGUCUGGCUUGUGCUCUGUUGGGCUACGGACUCUAUGAGAUCCUGGGAGGAGCCGAGAUUCGAGAACGCACGCGCCUGGCAGACCUGCAGAGUGCCACUAUCUUCCUGGCUUUUACUUUUGGGUUCUCCCCGGUUUUAAAGACACUGACCGAAGCGGUUAGUACAGAUACUGUGUACGCCAUGUCAGCCGGCAUGCUCUUGGCACACUUGGUGUCUUUCCCCUAUGCCCAACCCAGUCCGCCGGGCAGCCUUUCACUCAACGCGGCCCUUUUUGGGUCGGUGUGCCUGGCAUCUCGGUUGCCCGGUGCCCUGCAUACCUUCACGAUGCUGAGCUGUGCUCUUCUGAUAUUUGCGCUUUGGCCCUGCCUGCUUCAUCGUAUGAGGGAGAAGGCGACGUGGAGCUUCCCGUGGGCAGCCGGGUUGGUGUGUUUGGGUGGUGUGGGGGGUCUGGGUAGUCUCUGGCUUGAAGGAGCAGUGCUUCUCUCCCUGGCUCUGAUAAUGCUUACUUUCCUGUCUCCGCUGUUACUAGUCCACCUGCAAAGACAUAAGGACAAUAUCCAUGGUCCUUGGGACGAGGCAGAGAUCAGAGAGGACCUCUCACACUUCCUGAACUGAAAUAAAACCUGCUCGGGCUACAGGAUUUUAAAGAAGUUGUUACUAUAAGGCUAAUUCACACUGAUCUGAAAAACACAAAUGCUGACUGUUGACAUUUGUGGGAUUAGUGUGAAUUAGUCUUCAGAUGUUUUCGAUAGAGUCUUAAGAAGGUCUUCAUUUUAAGACUUGUGUGCACUUUUCCAAGCUCAGGGAGAAAUUAGUACUGUGUGCCAGAGAUCUCAUAUGGAAUGGUUUGCAACUAUUAAAUUUGUGAUUUUAAAAGGGACAUUUUUUUUAAGAUGUCAAAUAAAUCUUUGGUGUCUCCAGAGUACAUAUGUGAAGAUUCAGCUAAGAAUAUCAUAUAGAUAAUUUAUUAUAGCAUUUUAAAAUUGCCACUUUGUAGGUAUGAGCAAAAAUUUGCCGUUUUUGAUUGUGUCCUUUUAAAUGCAAAUUAUUUGAUCUCUGCACUAAAUGGCAGUGACAUGGUUGGAUAGUGCAAAUUAAGGGGCGGUAAUAUGUCCUUCUGACAUCACAAGGGGAGUCAAAUUUAAAUAGCUAUUUUUUCACAUGCUUGCAGAGAAUGGUUUACUAAAACUAAGUUACUGGGUUGAUCUUUUUCACAGUUUCUAGGUUGAUAGAAGCAUUUAUAGCACUUAAAAGUCAGAUUUUCAUAACAUGUCCCCUUUAACACUCCCAUAUCAUAUAUUACCCUGAUACCAAAAGAAUAAUCUAAUUGCAAAAGUAAUUCAUAAUUUGCAAAAGAAAAUGAGCCCAUAACAGAAGCAACUGUUAGCCAAAAUUGUAAUUGCCAGUAUUCUGUUUUAUUAUUUUCAUUUGUGAUUCUUAAUAGAUUCUCAAUACUGUAUUAUGUCAUUCAGUCUGUGAAAACCCAGCUGAUGUUAUUUUUCCUACACAAUGUUAAGAAAAUUCUGUAAACAAAAAAUAUAAUCUUAAUGUCUUUAAUAUUGACUGAGCAAGGUAAUAAAAAUACUAAACUCUAAUUUACAUUUUUAUGGAUUUGGCAGAUGCUUUUAUCCAAAAUCACAAAUGUAAUAUCUCUGGCGCAAAUAUUUUAUGUCAACAGUAGAAAAAGAUGAUUUCAAAGAUUGAAAUCAAACUUUAAAGCUCAUAAUCUCAUAAUAAGAUGAAGACUUUACUUUGGAUUUCAGACAGGGUCACAUAGUGUUAACUGUAUUGAUUUACAUAAAAUGCGUUUACACUAAUUAUCACAUAAUAAUGUCUUUGAGUUUCUAUUUUAUAAAGGAUGUUUUGGGGUUAGGUGCAGUAUGAUCCAAGCAUGUUCACCUUAAUGAACUAUGUGGACUGUAGGAAGCUAUAAACUCUUAAAACAGUAUUUAUAUAAAUGCAAGGAUGUUGCAGAAUUGUCUGGGUUUAAUUAUUAAAUGGUUUAAUGGUUGUUGUUUUUUUAAGAAUACAUUUAUUAACACUCAUUGUGUUGAAAUAAAUAUAGUUCUUAACAGUGAUGUUUCUAGAUUUUUUACUAUUACAGUACAUGCCUUAACUCAGCAUUAGUUUGUGUUUAAGUAAAAAUACAUUUAUGUCUUAGUUCAUUAUGAUUCAUGGACCCUUAUUAUAAAGAAUAACCAGAAUUUGUGUAUAAUGUUACAUUAAAGGUAAUAACCAUUGCUGCAACAUAUUUGCCCACAAGAUGUCAGUCUCAUACAGUAUUGGUUAAAGCAUUAUAUGCAUUGUUACAUGCAAAUGGCAUUACAACAUUUAAUGCCCCUCUAUUGGUUUUUCUUCAGUCUCAUAACUGAAUUUUAAUAUAACAGUGGUAUAUAUUCAUAAAUACAGCACAUAACCCCAAUGUUAGGGUGUUAACUCAAAAAGGCAAAUUAUUUAAGGUACAUUGAAUAGCCCUAAGUGGGACAUUUUUUUUUUAAAUUCAGAAUUCUGUGACAUUGCAAUGUGUAGCCAAAACAUUAAAUCCACACCCAACCCCAGGAUUUUGAUUACAUGUCACAACUUUGCUAACCCAUAGUUUCAAUGGCAGUCAUGUAUUUAGGAGGGACUUACAAACACUAUGGAUAUCCCACUUUAGGGCAGCUCACCCCUAU